AUGGAUGUAUUCGAUGAUUACCAGGUAACUCGGCUACCAAAGUCGCAAAAGGCAAUUCCAAAGUCUAAACCUAUGGAGGAGAAGUCUAGCAGACGACCAAAGUUUCUAGAUUCCAACGAUGAUCACAUUGACUAUAACGCCCUCAAGGAGUAUGGCGGAGGUUACGAGUCGAAUAGAAGGAACUUUCAGAGCAAAAGGGAAGAGAAUGAUCGCGAAAUGUCUGCAUACGAUCGUAUACUCGACCAUAUGUGGUAUGAUCGUGAUGAUGAGAGCUUCAUGAUGCAAAAUAAUUACGAUGAAGAAAACUCGUAUUAUUUAGCAGAACGUGAAGCAAAACGGCAAGCUCAGCUUCCUGGUCAUAAAGUAGCCGUAAAUAGGUCAGAUAAGAAGAAAACAUCUCUAUCAUUCCAGAAACAUAUUGAUAAUUCACUAUGGGAAUUGACACGUCUAAAGCAGGGCGGAGCUGGUUCACGCUUAGCUACGCUAGAAAUGCAGGAAUUAAACUCAUCAAAUGUUCACAAGGAUGAAGCGAAAAAAAUCGUCCUAGUCAGAAAUGUCAUACCUCCGUUCAUAUACGAUGUUUAUGACAAGGAUCUCAAUUUAGACGAUCUCAGCAGUGGAGAGGAUACAUUCAAUCAGAUUUACAACAAAUUUUUAAAUCAAGCAAUAUCAGUUGUAAAAGAUAUGACAUCAGAUAUCGCAGCAAUGGCCAAAAAGGGAAGUAUGGUCAUGCGUAGGCUAAAGGAAGAAUCUGAGCGGAACGCGACAAGGGUGCGUUUCUGGGACUUGGAAGGAUCCAAACUAGGCUCCCUUCUAAAACUUGACCAAAUUGACGCUCAAGAACCAGAGGAGGAACAUUUUUCCACGAUUGAAAAUAAUAAAUAUUCAAAUUUGAUCAAUGAAGACCUACCUGAAGAAGAGUUGAAGGAAAAGAUUGAAGCACAACGUAAAAAACUAAAGAAUACGCGCGAAAGUCUUCCAGUAUUUCAAUGUAGAGAUGAAUUACUGCAAUAUGUGGAUCAGUUUCAGGUGAUGGUAAUUGUUGGUGAAACUGGGUCAGGAAAAACAACUCAGUUGGCACAAUAUUUAUAUGAACACGGUUACGCAAAAUCUGGAAUUAUAGGAUGUACUCAGCCGCGUAGAGUUGCAGCAGUGUCUGUUUGUCAGCGUGUAGCCGAGGAAGUUGGUACCAGAGUGGGAGAUCUAGUUGGCUAUUCGAUUCGUUUUGAGGAUGUCACUAGUAAAUCUACCUCUAUAAAGUUCAUGACUGACGGUAUACUUCUUCGUGAAACUUUGAUGGACCCUGAUUUGGAUCGCUAUAGUUGUAUAAUCAUGGACGAAGCACAUGAAAGGAGUUUGAAUACUGAUGUUUUGUUUGGAAUUUUAAAAUCAGUGUUGGCUAGAAGACGCGAUAUUCGUGUAAUUGUCACAUCCGCUACUAUGGAUGCCGAUAAAUUCUCGAGAUUUUUUGGAAACUGUCCAAUUUAUAAAAUACAAGGAAGAACUUUCCCAGUGAGAAUUGAAUAUCUCAGGUCGAUGGGAAACGACUAUGUAGAAGCUGCCGUUGAAAAGUGUAUAUCUCUUCAUAUUUCAGAGGGACCUGGAGAUGUUUUAAUAUUUAUGACUGGUCAGGAUGAUAUUAAUGCUACUUGUGAGCUUUUGGAUUUAAAACUCUAUAGCAUCAUGAAAGUUGCAAAUAAUAUCGAUUUGGAGCCUUUUUGUGUCUUACCCAUAUAUAGUCAACUUCCUAGUGAAUUGCAACAACGUGUUUUCAAAAAAUAUCCCUACCGUAAGGUAAUUGUUUCCACCAACAUUGCAGAAACAUCUCUAACAUUUGAAGGUAUAAAAUUUGUCAUUGAUUCUGGGUUUUGUAAGUUAAAAGUCUACAAUCCAAAAGUUGGAAUGGAUAGUCUGCAGAUCACUCCAGUUAGCCAAGCUGGUGCCAAUCAGAGAGCUGGAAGAGCAGGGAGAACUGCACCUGGAAUAUGCUUUAGAUUGUACACUGAACGUACCUAUAUUAAUGAUUUAUUUGAGAAUAAUGUCCCAGAGAUUCGGAGAACAAACUUAUGCAACGUCGUUCUCCUUUUAAAAUCGCUAAAGAUUAAACGGUUGACAGAGUUUGACUUUAUAGACCCUCCAAAUGUGGAGAGCAUUUUGAGUGCUAUGCUACAGUUGUGGAUUCUGGGAGGCAUUGAUGAGACUGGAGAACUCACAGAUGUAGGAAAGAGAAUGGUUCAAUACCCAUUAGAACCUCCAUUGGCAAAGAUAAUAAUAGCAGGUGAAAGUGAGGGGUGUCUAUCUGAGGUUUUAACUGUGGUUUCUGUCCUAUCUGCACCAAACAUAUUUGUUGUCGAGAACGAAUCUGACGCCAGCAGGGAAAGUGCAGAUAAUGCAGCCAGAGAAAAGUUUUUGGUUCCAGAAAGUGAUCAUCUCACGCUAUUAAAUGUCUAUAAACAAUGGUGUCUGAAUGGGCGUAGCGCAUCUUGGUGUCAAGAUAACAAGAUACAGCACAAAUCGCUAAAGAGAGCUGCAGAAGUCAGACAGCAACUUGUGGAAAUUACAACAAAGCAAAAACUCCCUGAAACUUCCUGUGGUAAUGACUGGGAUGCUGUACGUAAGGCAAUUUGUGCAGGGUACUUUCAUAAUGCGUCAAAACUCAAGGGUUUUGGGGAAUAUUCCAAUCUACGCAGCUUUGCGCCAUGCUUUUUGCAUCCAUCAUCUGCUCUCUAUGGUAUGGGAUACACUCCAGAUUACGUUGUCUACCAUGAAGUCGUUAUCACUACCAAGGAAUAUAUGCGUUAUGUGACUGCAGUCUAUGCCGAAUGGCUCUAUCAACUUGGACCAUCCUUUUUUUAUCUGAAAAACAUUGAUGCUUCCGGGCAAGCCCAAAGAACAAGGGAUAAAUUGGAAAACCAACGUUUGUUGCAAGACAUGUAUAUUAAAAGAACCCGUGAGGAUACACUCAAAAAAUCGCAAGAAGAUGAUGCAAACACCAAUGAGGUGAUUUUUGGUUCGAGAAAAAUCAAAAGAAGAAAUAAUGUACCCAUAAUAAAAGACACAAAUGGGUGA